AUGGUUCAGGUAGCUUCCUGGUUGUUUACUUUAAAUGAGAUAGAUCUUGUAUCUUUGACUCCUAUUGUCAACACAGAUCUAUACGAGGAUCACGGUGAAUGGGAAAUUACCGAAUCGUCUGCUACAGUAGUCAAGAGAGUUUUAUCUGGCUACACAAUGCCGGCAGUCAAAUUCUCGAUUCAGCUCAAGAGAAAGUAUUCAUACUAUCUGUUGAACAUGCUACUCCCAGUUAUCGUCCUUGCCACGAUGGCGCCAUUUGUUUUUAUUCUGCCGGUAGAGAGUGGAGAGAAGAAUGGUUUUGCUCUGACAAUUUUAUUGUCAUUGUCAGUUGUUAUGACAAUAGUUUCUGACAAUAUACCGCCGACAUCGACAAACGUUUGCAUUCUCAGUGUCUAUUUACUUGUAACGUUUAUCAUUUGCUCUGUGGAAACAGUGGUUACAGUAAUCACCUGUAGAUUUCACGAGCUUCAUAAUAAAGAUUACAUCAUGGGGGCUCGAUGCCAGAAAACUGCAAAACUUCUUGCAAAAGUGACAAGAUAUCGACGAAGGCCCAAAAUUGGAGACGAAACAAUUGCGCAGUCAGUUGUAGUACAAGUUGAUAAUCCAGCUUAAGUUGGUCUAUCAGAACAAGCAGGAAAAGAAGGCGGUGCAUGGGCGGACAAUACCGAGGCAAAUACUGAUCAUGAUAAAGAGGGGAAAGUUUAUUUUGAGUAUUCAUAUGGAGAUAUUGUUAUGAUGGAUGAAACGUUUAAUUUUGUCUUUUUUACAACAUUGACCCUUUUAGUUACAAUACUUUUCAUAGCGAUGUUGAACUCGAAUCCACCAUAAACCACAAACAACAUUCUGGUACUUGUUAUAUGGUAGGGAAGUAGUUAUCCAUUUUAAGCUAUAUAAAAUACAAGCAAAUUAACAAAACUUGUACACGUCGUCUUACUUUCAGUGGUGCUUAGGUCUGAUAGAAAAAAAAUUAGAUACACAAACUUGCUCAAAACACACAAAAAAUCACUGCAUUCUGGUACUAUUGCUUGUACUUUGUUUCCGUGUCCAAAAUAUAAAGUUGGCUGAUCUUGAAGUUCACGCCGUAGUGAAUUCGAAAACCGGAUUAUAUUUUGUGUGCAGCUUUACCGUAGAAGGUUUGUGGUUAGGUUGAGGUUUCCCCUGGUCCUUGCAAUAAUUAACAACUGUUUCACCUGGGAUGUAUAAAUCAACCAGAAUGAACACGUGUAAAAAUCAACAUAAUUAUAGCCUUCAAACUAGUGGUAUAACGUCAAAUGAUUCGUUGAUUCGUUGAUUUCUAUAGCCGCCUUUUUGUUUUUUGAGUUUGCAUUCCACGAGUAUGGCAUUGGUUAUCAAUUGACCUUACACAUGCCUUUUCUAACAUCAUGCCAUAAACGUACACAUAAUUAGGGUCAUCUUUCAGAAUUAAGUGAA